AUGGCGGCACCGCAACCAAGAGUGGCACUGGCGAGGGACUCUUGCGCCCCGUCUGCAGCGGCGGUGAAGGCUUCGGCCUCGCCCACUGCCGCGGAGGCGCCGGCCAAUGCUGCGCCGGUGGCCCCGCCGACCUCGUGUUUCCCCGCGAUGGUUUCGCCGAGGCUGACGAGGUCGUCGUGCACGCCGGAGAUGGAGGAGGGCAGGCACCUCUUCGACGUCAAUCGUUACGGGUUGCUCAAGGACCUCGGCGUCGGCAAGUGCGUCAACUCUGGCACUUUCGACGUGGGCGGGUACGGCUGGUCGAUCCGCUUCUACCCUGCCGGCUCCGAGGCCGUCCCCGCCGGCCAGCACCACGUCUCCGUCUACCUGGAGCUGAUGACCCCAAACGCGGAGGUCCGGGCGUUGUUCGACCUGAAACUGAUGGACCAAUCCACCGGACGGUGGCACUCGCUGUUCGGCGACGGCGGGGACAGGCCGAUGCGACACGCCCGGUUCAAUACUACUUUUCAGACCAACACGCUCCCGCCGCACCAUCCGCCGCGGUGCUGGGGCGUGCCGUCGUGGAAAGCAAGCAGCCUCGAGACGUCCGUGUACAUCCACAACGGCGGCCUCACCAUCAGGUGCGACCUCAGCGUGAUAAAGCCGCCUCAAACGCCGGAGACCAAGCAGCUGCCACGGAUCGAAGCGCCGCCUCCGGGGCCCGGCAUGUCCAAGGAUUUCAGCAAGCUCCUGGAGGACAAGGACGGGAAGGCCGUCACGGUGCGCGUCGGAGGAGAGGCCAUCCGCGCGCACUGGGCGGUGCUCGCGGCGCGGUCCCCGGUGCUCAGAAAGAAGCUCCUCGACGCCGCCACCACCAGCAACGAGACCACGGCACCCUCGCCCUUUGAAAUAACCUUGGACGACGACAUGGAACCCGCUGUCUUCAAGUCCAUGCUCCACUUCAUGUACACCGACGAGCUGCCUCCCGACGCCCAGGGCCACGACGACGACGAGACGGCGGAGCUCGCGCGGCGGCUGUUCGUCGCCGCGGAAGGGUGCGGCAUCGAGAGGCUCAAGCGGCUGUGCGAGAGCCUUCUGUACACCAACCUCAGCAAGCGGACGCUCAGGGCGACCAUGGAGUUCGCGGAGCGCCACCGCUGCGACAGGCUCAGGGCGGCGUGCGUCCAGUUCCAUGCGGCGCGUCACCCUCCUGGACCAGUCGUUUGCAACUAUUUCAGCGGCAUUAAGAGAGAGACAAGUGAGGGAGAUUCGGAAUGUUCCAACUGCAAGCGCCUCAAGAAAGCUCACCAGGGUGCCGGACAUUCUUCAGAGGCUUGCUAG